AUGGCUUCAAAGGCCCUUGCAACCUCUCUUCUUCUCACUCUCAGCUUUCUCUUCUUCACCAUGGUUAACUCAUGCGCUCCAUAUUGCACGCCGCCGUCAUCGCCGACACCAAAACCUCCGACUACACCAACUACCCCUUAUGUUCCAAACCCUAAUUCUCCAUCCCCUCCUUCUUCCUCGUCCCAGGUCCAUUGUCCUAUAGAUGUCCUCAAGUUUGGUGUGUGCGCCAACGUUCUGAAUUUGGUGAACUUUACAAUAGGUUCUCCACCAACUGUCCCAUGCUGCAGCCUCAUUAUGGGCCUCGUUGAUCUUGAAGUUGCUGCAUGCCUUUGCACUGCGCUUAGAGCUAAUGUUCUUGGGAUCAAUCUCAACAUUCCAAUUUCCUUGAGUAUCAUUCUUAACAAUUGUGGAAUGAACAACUCUGGCUUCCAGUGUAAUUAG